AUGAAUUCCAUCAACAUCAUUACUUCUCGCGUGUCUCCUGCCCCUAGCCCCAACGCCUCCCGAUCCAACAGCAUUAGCAAUAUCAGCGCUGGAUUGGUAUCCGCAGAAAGCUCCACCGACGCUGUUGACGGCGAGAAAAGCCCAAGCUCCGAGCCUUUUCCAGAUGCCGACUCGGAUGACUUGCCGCACCAGGACGAGAAGCGCGACGACAGGGGCGGAGAGCAUGCACCACUUUUGCAUGGGAGUAAAGAUAGCAACAAACGGAGUGGCUGGUGGCACGCGGCACCGCGCACCUUUGCGUCCAGCAUUGUAAACUCUAUUCGAUGGGUUCUAGCUACGCUGGCGUCUCCCGGAGUGUACCUGGUGGCCUGUUUCUACGAUGAGCAAGGAGCGUUCGCUCCCUUGUCACAGCUUAAGAAGCUUUUCGGCGUUCGCAAGGGUGGCGGCAUAGAUGGCUACCGGUCACACGGGAAUCACAGCAAGUCGUCCUCUGCAGCAGGCUCACCGCUCUCCGAGCAUCGCCGCAUCGCCCCUCGUCCUGCCCCCUCCUCUGGAUCAUCGACAUCAGGCCAAUCGUCCGAAUCGGAAAGCGAGUCGUCCAAACACUCAGCAAGUCGACAUGGGAGAUCGAGGUCGUUUAAUCCAGCAGGCGACGUGGGUUCUGCGGGAAGAUCAAUACGAAUCAAACUUCACAACGACGAAUCCCUGCGCCAGCGUAAGCAGCACCGCCGCGCUCAGUCUGCCGUGGCGAGAACAAAGGCCAGCGACGAAGACCUCUCGGCACAACUGAAAUCCCCGACAUCCCCCAUUGCGGCCUUGACGAGGUAUCCCAAGACCCCUGCGCCGCCGCGACCGUUGAUACCCCGACGCCAGCCUUCGUAUUUGAAACAGGAUGCCUCUGUCAAGCAUCAGAAGACGUUGAUCUUGGACCUGGACGAAACCUUGAUCCACAGCAUGUCCAAGGGUGGAAGAAGUAGCGGCCACAUGGUAGAAGUGCGACUAAACACGGCGUCUCUGGGAAUGGGCAAUGCGCCGGGAGGAGCAGCCCAACACCCCAUCCUCUACUGGGUGAACAAGCGGCCAUUCUGCGACGAGUUUCUGCGGCGAGUCUGCAAGUGGUUCAAUCUCGUCAUCUUUACGGCCUCGGUGCAAGAGUAUGCCGAUCCGGUGAUUGACUGGUUAGAGGCGGAACGAAAAUAUUUCUCGGCGAGGUUCUAUCGCCAGCACUGUACGUUCCGUCAAGGCGCUUACAUCAAAGACCUUAGCUCGGUGGAGCCAGAUUUGAGCAAAGUCAUGAUUUUGGACAACAGCCCACUGAGCUAUUUGUUUCACGAAGACAAUGCUAUCCCCAUCCAAGGCUGGAUCAACGAUCCGACGGACAACGACCUCAUGCACCUGGUUCCGUUGCUGGAGGGCCUGCAAUACGUCCACGACGUGAGAGCACUCUUGGCGCUACGAGGCGGCGAGGAUGGACAGCAUAUGGCGUAA